AUAUUGCUCCCGUCAUCGAUUGAAACACUUUCAGAACAACCUUUCGAAAAGUUAAGACGUUACUCAGAAGUUAGAUCUUCCUUAUGAAUAAAUUAUGAAGGUUCGUGUAAAAUGAAACAACAAUACGAAUUCGGAGUAUCCCCAGAGUUAUGUGAUGUUGAAGUUGCGCCUGCAAGGAUAAUCUCGUUAAAGCCGGCACUUACCGACGAACCGAACCUGCAGAGGCAAUAAAAAUCCCCAUUAAAUUUUACGACCCAGGCUCGUAAACGUAGACGUGCUUUCGACGAACAGUACGCGUUCCAACUUCGGACGGUUCGAUGGGAUCCGACAUUUGACGAUCUUUGCCGGCUGCAUAAAAGAAAUAACAGUUUGCCCCUGGACGUUUACGUUGGUUGGUGGUGGUUCGCGAGUGAGGAGUAGGCUACGAAAUGGCGCAGAGGGAUUUCAUAUGGUGGAACGACGAGAGGAUAUUACACUUGAUCGAAUUGUACAGAAGGAAACCCGUGAUAUGGGAUCCUAAACACGAGGACUAUUAUAAGAAAAAUUUGAAACUGGACGCUUGGGAGGACAUAGGUAGAGCUUUAGGUAUAUCGGGAGACGACUGUAAGAAUAAGAUGGUGAAUGUUUUAUCAUCGUGGAGAAGGGAGAGGGGGAAAGAGAACAAGAAAACAGAUGAAGUUUAUAAGAGUCAUUGGUUCGCUUAUAACGCUCUUCGGUUUUUAAAAGACAGGGAAAUGCCAAGGAAAGGAUUGUGCAAGAGUGUUACUUUGUGGAGUUUGUGGAUGAUGCAGACGAAGUAAGUUGGAAUUAAGAGUCGCGAAGAUAGAAUAUGAUUCAGCUUUGUUUGAAGAUCGACCACAAUAGAGGUGAAGGUACUGUGGGAUACCAACAAGGAAACACCCCCUUCCAUAACUGGACUUACCCCUGGAUUGCAAGAAAAAGAAGAAAGAAAGCUAAUGUGAAUUUCAUUAUAGAAUUUUUUUUUGUUAACUAGUUUGUUCAUAGAAAAACAAUAAAAAUAAGAAA